AGAAAUCGUUUGAAGUCUAUGAGGUCCACUAUAGGAUUGUCCUCAUCAUCAACUACCUGGGACACUCGGUCUCCACGGCAGUCCUCAUCGUUGCCUUUGUAGUCUUCUUGUGCUUGAGGAGUAUCCGGUGUCUACGGAAUGUCAUCCAUUGGAAUCUAAUAACCACCUUCAUCCUGAGGAAUACUCUGUGGUUCCUGAUGCAAAUGAUCGAUGAGGAAAUACACGAGAGGAAUGAGCCCUGGUGCCGGCUGGUGACGACUAUCUACAAUUACUUUGUGGUGACCAACUUCUUCUGGAUGUUUGUGGAGGGGUGCUACCUCCACACGGCCAUCGUCAUGACCUACUCCACCGAUAAGAUGCGCAAGUGGAAGUUCCUCUUCAUUGGAUGGUGUAUCCCGUGCCCCAUCAUCGUGGCCUGGGUCAUUGGCAAACUCUACUAUGAGAAUGAAGAGUGUUGGUUUGGAGAAGUUGUGGGUCACAGAAUGGACUACAUCAUUCAAGGUCCAGUCGUUCUCGUGCUGCUGGUUAAUUUCAUCUUUCUGUUCAACAUUGUGAGGAUCCUGAUGACUAAGCUGAGGGCAUCCACCACGUCUGAGACCAUGCAGUACAGGAAGGCAGUGAAGGCCAUUUUAGUUUUGUUACCUCUGCUGGGAAUAACCUACAUACUGUUCUUCAUCGACCCCGGCAAACAUGACAUCUCCUACGUGGCAUUCCUCUACUUCAAUUCAUUCCUCCAGUCCUUUCAGGGAUUCUUUGUGUCGGUGUUCUACUGCUUCCUGAACGGAGAGGUGCGUACGGCGGCUCGCAAGAGGUGGCACAGGUGGCAAGACAACCACACACUGAGGGUGCGAGUGGCCAGGGCCAUGUCUAUACCCACCUCACCAACCCGCGUCAGCUUCCAGAGCAUCAAGCAGACCGGCGUCUGACCACCACACCCCCACCACCGCCACCACCACCGCCACCACCACCACCACCGCCACCACCACCGCCACCAGCCUUCCACUGUACAUGGGCACGCUUACUCAUUGACUCUGAAGUGAUUUGCUUGUCUGUAGAUGUUUGUGUGCGUAUUGGAUCUACAGGAUGGUGGGGGGCAGGAGCGACCUCCCGUGUGUGGCCCGCCGGUGUGGUGUCGAACAAGGGGGGGGGGCUGUAAUCUUCCUGUCCCUGUUGAUGUUGUGUUACUGGUGACUCUGAUGUGUGUCCACUGACUGCCCCCCCCCCCCCCCCCCAGGGUCCAGCUCUACUAGAAUCUGUCACAAUCUCAGGGCAAGAACAACCUCCGUUCCAAAGUUUCAUCCCAUCUCGGGCGUCACGGUGGCGCAGCGGGUAGUGCCGCUGCCUAGCAGCGCCAGAGACCCGGGUUCAAUCAAUAGACAAUAGACAAUAGGUGCAGGAGUAGGCCAU